AUGGCAAAGAUCAAAUUAAACUUGAUUGCUGCAGCAUGCGAAAAUAUGGGGAUCGGUGUAAAUGGGACUCUUCCUUGGCGUUUAAAAAACGAAAUGGCAUACUUCACCAAAAUGACAUCUGUGGUUCAGGACAACUCCAGGCAGAAUGCUGUUAUAAUGGGAAGAGUAACAUGGGAUUGCAUUCCACCAAAAUAUAAACCUUUGCCUGACAGAAUUAAUAUCAUCCUAACUAGAAACGUUGAUGAUGUUAAAAAAGGGGUCCCGAAUGGUGUAGAAGUUGUAAAUAAUUUAGAUGAAGCUAUCAAGUUAAUAGAGAGUCGUUCCGACAUUGAAUCUGCAUGGGUUAUAGGUGGUUCACACAUCUAUAAAGCAGCCAUUGAACACCCAAAUUGUGAAAAAAUAUAUUUAACUGAGAUCCAAAAAAAAUAUGAAUGUGAUACCUUUUUUCCCGAUUUUGAUAGAAAACAGUUCCAACUUAUAAACGAAGAUGGCGUUGUAAGCGAUAAGCAUACUGAAAAUGGAAUCGAAUAUUAUACUAGGGUUUAUAAGAAAUGUUACUAG